AUGCGACGGAACUGCCACAACGGCUGGGAGCAAUGUGCCCUUAUGAAAAGAAAAAAUGUACUCAUUCAUAGGUUAGAAAAGGGCUUUGAGCAAAUGCAAAGUGCUCUUAUGAAAAGAAAAAAUGUACUCAUAGGUUAGAAAAGGGCUAGCAGCAAAGUGCCCUUGUGAAAAGCAAAAAUGUACUCAUUGAAUACUCAAGAUGAAAGUGCAAGUGGGCAGUUCCAGUUUAUCUUUGCUACUUUUUAUUCGAAACGACCUUGAAUGUCUGAGCACCAGCACGAGAAGUUGUAAUACUUUCAUAAUCCAAACGGGAUCGGGAUAAACUGUACUGCAAAAACUCGAUUUGCACCGCGGACAAGGAUCAAAACACGUGCUGCAAACCCUGCGACUGUACCUGUCCCAAUGGCACGCCGGAAGCUUAAGAAACGAAGAUAGAGGGUUUGUAUGAUAAUUAUAAGUGCUGUUCUUGUAGAUAUUAAGACGAGAUUUGUUCUUGACGAGAUGAACUUCUACUUAAAGAUGUUGUAUGUCAUGUUGUCUAUAAGUGAACAUCUAUAAGAACCUCUUUUUCUAAAGAGACACCUGCACAGUCGCUACUGCAGGAAAGGAAGACUGCGCCAAGUGCAACCAAGAUGAAGAUAAACCGGGGAGAAAUUAUUGCCUUCGAUAUAUAUCUCCUGGCGAUGAAAAUGGACGACAAAACUAAGGCUAGUUGCAACAGUCUAAAAACUAAAAAUUUACCAAUACACCUCACACAAAGUAAAAAUAUGACUUGAUUAUAUGUUUUGGUUUUUUUCCUAGUCAGGGCUCCAUCACAACCACAAAUAUUCGAAAACUCAAAAUAUGCGAGUUACUGACUGAAGUAAGAGAGUCUAGACUACAUUCUUCUUCUUUCAGCAUCUCCCUUAUUUUCACUAGUUACUCCCUUACUUCAUCAGUUUAUCGAGUACAAAUUUAUGUUGAGUAAGAGCAGUCUCCUCUUGUUCCACUUCGUCCUAGCUCCAGGAUAACUACAAAUUCCACUAGUAUCUCCACCAUAUCUCGUUCCACUGCUCCUGCUCAACCAUAUCUUGUUCCACUUCAUCCUAGCUCCUGUCAGGGCUCCACCACAAGCAUAGCUACAAAUUUAUGAGUAAGAAAGAGCAGUAUAAUCCUCUUGUUCCACUUCAUCCUCUUGAUGAAUGGCAAAAUAAAGAUAGACACGGUCACGUCCGCUAGACUCGGACUACCGCGCAUCGCCACUUGAUUGAUUGAUCCUGCUCUAACGUGAGUGUGGUAAAUGCACGAGCAUCUGUGAUAACGGGAACGCAGAGGAUCCCGGGUACUCCACUCGUGACGGCGAACACUUAUGCGCGUCGUGCCACAAAGCUAUGAAAAAUUUGACGCUCUUCAUAAAAAAAUGAAUUCUAGUGGUCUUGCAACAACGCUAUGUUGAAGCGUUUGAUGACCUUGUUGUUGUUCAAGAAUUUCUAUUUCACGAGCCUGAUGUUGUGAGUUGGUGCAUUUUAAUACUUCAUCUCUCUUAUUCUCAUUCUUCUUAUCAUAGCACUACCUAGUAGAAGUAGAUGCCGUGUCCUCAGGGUCAGUAGAGGAUCAGAUCUAUUUCUAUAUCUUCCAAUUUUAAUAUUCAGGUAAGUGUAAGACCAGGAGCAUCAUGAAGAUUCAUGACGUGUGUGCAUGUGACUUUUUUGCGUGUGGCAAAAAAGGAGCAAAAAAGGAAGAAAAGAUGAAAUAGAUAUCUCCCAACAACGACCUCUUGCCAGGCACAUCAAUCAAUCAAUGAAUCAAUCAGUCAGAUGUCUCGGAGACGUCACCUUGUCGCUCCGAGUCGAAUUGGAUCAUCUAUAAAUCUAUAAUUCCUAUCCUAUAAUUCCUAUCCAAUCCUUUCCUAUCCUAACCCAGCGGAAAUUUAGCUCCCCAUCAACAUCAAGAUCAACAAGCCUCUUUCAUACAACGGUUCUACUUGCACAAUGACAAGUCGUGCCAUCGGUGCAAAUGUACCUGUCUGAACGGAAUCGCGAAGUCUGGCUCCGCUUGUGAGUGCACAUCCACUUCCAGUGUUAAGGCUAUAAAUAAAUAUCUAAUCAGAAUUCGAAUUGCAAGCGAACACUUUCACCUCAUCCAUGAUUGAAGAGGAGCCAAGAACAACGUAUAAGCAGAUUGCACAUGGAUCUUGUUCGCAUGGGGUCUGUAUUGCCAAAAGAUAAGCAAGAUGAGAAUGCUGAAGGAAUAAAGUAAUGGUAGUGGGCUGGAGUUUCUUGAUUCUGUUUUGCGUGCCGCCAAAUGUAGGGCUAUGGGCCUGCCAGCUUCUCCGGAGGCUGUUAGGCUUGUAAAACUGCUGUUUUGGGGAUCUCCGUGCUGCAACUGCCGCUGAUCGCGGCACAUGGAUCUUGUUCGCAUGGAGUCUGUAUAACAUGGAAGCCCUUGUUCUAAUCCAGAGCGGGUAAACUGUAACAGCUGCAACAAGCCUGGUCGUGGCAAGGCGAACAAUUACUGUGAGCGAAACAUAAAGGGGACCAAUCUGAAGCAAUUAAGGCUUACCGCUACCGUAAUUCUUCAUCCUAAGAGUAAGAACAAGCAUGAUAAUCAUGAUCUAAGGUCACAUCUCUGACUUUCUAAGAAGCAUAUAUUUAAGACCAGAUUUUUGACCCCUUUCUUACUAAGGAAAAUAAAAUUAUGCGUCAAAGAUACUACUUUUCUUGUUAAUUAUAUUCAAGUAGGAGAUGAAUAUAUAUGAGUAAGGUCUAAGAACUACAAGAUGAAUAUGAGUGAGUACUUCUACGGCUAGAUUAAUACUCAAGUAGAAGAUGAACAUAUGAGUAAGGUCUAGUAAACGUUCCAAGAACAAAUAGCUCUCCCAAAACUACCUCUUGUCAGGCAUAUCAGUCAAUCAAUCAAGCAAUCAAUACUACGGCUAUUCGAAAACUCAAAAUAACCGAGUUACUGACUGAAAUAAGGGAGGCACUAGCUUAUAGCGUCAAGGCUGCCUUUCCUUCUCAUCAGUAUCUCGGUUAUUCUGCUCAGUUACUCGCUUAUUUCAGUUUUUCGAGUAAAUCAUCUAAAAGAGUGCCAGAAAUGUACCGCCACCUGCGAGCAUGGAACGCCUAAACCAGCUGGAUGGGUGAAGUUUGACAACGAGAACAACUGCGCAUCUUGUGACAAUAUUGCAGCGCUGAUAUUAUGAAGAUUCAAAAUUAAUAUGAUGAUUCAUCAAAAUAAUUCAAUUUAUUUUGGUGGAAGUUAGUUUUUGUUUUUUGGAGGAGUAAGUACUGCUCAGUAAUGUCUAGUAGAUGUCUCAUAGUACUCAUAUCAAGAUUUGACACUAAUGCAAAAGGCGAAAAGGGUGGAGAUCAUGAGAUCCCACGAGAUGCGAUGCAAAAAGAAAUAGCCAGUAGUAGUGUCUUCUAAACCCCUGGAGUGGGUACAUUCAUUCAUUCACUGAAAAUAAUGGCUGAAACUGAAAGAGAAAGAACAUUUUUAGACAGGUUAUUAGAAAAAUACGAGGAAACACCUCAAUACCGAUGACAUGGCGCAUCGUUUGCUACUAUAUUGUUCCUUUUACCUGCUUACGUCACUGUGGAGGUCAUGGUCAUGGUCAGAGCUCCCUCUCCCAGCUCCAAGAAGUACUUAGAAGUAUUUUCUCUCAGUCUCACUCUGCUCUCCCUCUCUAAAAAACACGAGCCCUGAGCAUUCCGCUUACAAAAUUUGCGAAAAGAGGAUCUGCGUAUGCCCUAUCCCGCACAAUCAACCGGACUACGAACCCACGACAAGUGAUCGCGUAGGUGUUGCGCCAGUAGGUUUACGAUCAGACAAGCAUGAUUACAAAUAAUGAAGAUAAUGCGAAGUAGAAGUAGAUCUAGAAGUAGAUUGAUAUAGUUUUUCAUUUGAUUACUUCUUAUUAUUUUACAAGCUAGAAAAGCGGGUAGAACUCGUCAGGGAAAUCUUAGGCAUCUUGCCGAAUAGAUUCAAAUCAUCACUUUACUUUCAACAUCGUAGUAGUGCUACAGCCUGCACCUCCUCCUCUCCCCGUUGUAGUAGUAAGCUGUAGACAUUCUUGUCUUCCAAAGCCUUUCUGUCAAAUUAUACGUCAGUAGAACAACAGUUUGCUCUGUCAAAUACUACGUCAGUAGGACAUAAAACACAACUUGCACCACCUCCCGCUAGGCACAUUGCAUUCGUCCCCUCAUACUUACUUUUUUUCCAAGGACUUCCCUACUUGCUUGAUGCUCUCGGACGCGGACAUCUGUGAUGCUUACAACCAUCCGAGACCAUCAAGCGCCUAAGUCUUCCGAUCCUCCUUGAAAUGCUGGGAAGCGAAGUCCAUCCGUUCCAUUCGAUCCAUCCCAUCCCGGAUCUGCCACCCCUAUGCAUUAUUCUAAUAUUUAAGAGAAAGAUUUGCUUCAAAUAACUUGACCAGGGGCGGCCACUUAGACCUGAAGCACAUGAUCAUGACCAUUCCUCUCUAAUCCAGGCUGAAUGUCCGCGGCAUGGGAUGCUCAAGUGUAAGUCUUGCUAUCAAGAGAACGGCUAUGAAAUGAACGCGACCACAUCCUUGUGCGUCUGGAAAGUUUGCACUUGUCCCGGAGGAACACCCGUUGAAGGCCCACCAUGUAACCACACAGGCUUUUAAGGCUUCGAUUUUCAGAUAUGUCCUCAAUUUUCAUAUACGAUUUUAAAGUACAACAUCAUGAUCUUGAACUUGAUGUUUCAAAUUGAAGCUGUCUUCAUAAUCCGCCCAUCGUGAACUCUAAUCUUUGCACCAUUGCGGCAAUUGCACUGGACCAAAGUACGUGCUGGAGAUACCCAUGAUUCCAGGACUGGGCAGCAACUUAACUACAGUCCCAGAAAUAUGACAGAAAAAAGUGCACUCAACAACAUCAUCCUGACAAAGAGGAAGUUACUAGCUAGGAUUGAUCGAGGGGGAAACAACUAGUUAUAACUUUAUUCACUACUUCUUAUCCUCAGAGAGAAUUAGCUAGGAUCAUUGAUGAAGUGGGAAUCAAUAUACUAAAUCAAUAUACUACAACUAGUUAUAAGUUUGUUUUUCUGAGUAUGUUCAUGUUGAGUACACGACUUGUUCCUACUUUUAUGAGAAACUUCUACAUGGGCUUGGGCGCAGGGUGUCUACGUGGAUGCGAAUGCCUCAGACAUAGUAGAGGACACUGGACCUACCUUUAGGAGUCUCACGAUAAUUCCUCUUCGUCCGCUUAGAUCUACUUGUGGCAGGUGAUCAGGCCAACGCCUAAACCACUAAGCCGGUUAGCUCUAGUUGUCUCCACCUGUCAGCCACCUCCUGGGAUCUUCAUUCUGAGAACGUAUACUCUUUGAACGCCACGAGUAAGAUGAUGUAUCUAGUACCUGUGAACACGACCGCGAGUAAGAUGAUGUAUCUAGUACCUGUGAACACCACGAGUAAGAUGAUGUAUCUAGUACCUGUGAACACGACCACGAGUAAAAAGAUGAUGUAUCUAGUACCUGUGAACACGACCACGAGUAAGAUGAUGCAGCUCUACUUGUAAGUACUAGAUCCUAAGUUUCUUGAAAAGAAGUAAUUCUUGUCCUCGACGCUACUUCUAAUAUUCUACCCUAUUGUCGUCGAGCCUGCGUUUCUCUUGCGCCACCAGAAGGAGAGGAAGAGGACUCCAAUGACGAGAACGCGACAAUUACGAGUGCUGAGGACGACGAUCCUGACGCGACCCGAGAAGAAGCCAGCGAUGAGGAUGCAGCAAGUAGCAGCAGUAGCAUGUUGAAUUUCCACGACUACUUGUACGAUAAAAAUAUUAAUAAAAAUAAACUACAGACGAAGAUGAGAGGAAAGCUGCGUAAUAGUAGAACAAGUAGUAGAAAAAGAACUCUGCGCACUGAACACAAGACCGACAAGAAAAGCACCACUCUCUUUACUUCUACUAGUCACAACACAACAAGAACUAGGAUGACGAGACGAAAGGCCUUGGCUGUGGACCACAUAGGCCAAACAAGUGAUCCACAAAUCAUAGAUGCGGAUGAUGAACCUCUGGAGGAAAAUAAGUCUUCAAGUGAGCUCGAGGAUGAUGAAAUCGAUCCAGAUGAUGACAACGAUCCAGAUGAUGAAAACGAUCCAGAUGAUGAUGAGGAAAUGGGUGGAGCAACAAGUAGAAAGGAAAUAUCGAAGAAUAGUGGAGUCCCUAGGAGAGCCAGAGCUUCUGCUCAUCGUUCUUCACAUCUUCAACAUUAUGGGAAUACGUACUAGAUACAACUAUAGUAUAGAAGUACCUUUUCCGAACAAAAUUGAAGUCUGAGGCCCAUCUUUGUCCUUGAAGGAGAGAAGAUUCCUUCUCGGGACGGGCUUCUACAAGAUGUCUUACGUACUUAAUAGAACGAGAUGGGUUACUGGCGAGGUCCCUAAUCUCUGACGACCUGGAGAAGUCGUGACAACGAGACAGACACACGGGACGAAGAUGAGGUGACAGAUGGUACGAGUAGAGAAGAUGAUUCAUCUGUCAGAGAUUCAUCCUUGAAGAGUUCCACGAGGACUGAGCAGUAUUCUCAUCCUCGUGGUACAGGAGUUCAAGGAUGCUGCAGAGCAAAGAUGAAUUAUAUCUCCUGACAGCCCUAAAGAUGAAAGCAAAGAGAUCUGCUUCGCAGUCAAAAGAGAGGUCUUGACUGAAGAUUAUGAAUCUAGUUUUCUUGGGCAGUUUGCAAUAUCACAAAUCACAUCAUCUAAAAACUCUAGCUAGAAGUGUCGUUCUGUGGCUAGAAUGAAAUCCUGCGUCGAUCAAGUGCACCGUUUUUGUGAAUCAACUUCAACAGGGGAAUAAAAACUAUAACUAGAACUACUACAACCAACCGACUGAGUCUCACCAAUAGUUCAGACUCCAACCAAGUGAGUCAGACUCACCAACUACUAGUACAACCGACUGAGUCUCUCACAGAGAAACGCCGAUUAUAGUUCAACAACUUGAAAAAAGAACGUUGUGAUCCCUUCUAUCUUCAAAUUUGAAAGCCAGCAAGACCCACGUCCACGACUACACUAACACUUGGCACUAACCAUCUCUUCUAAGAACCCAAAGGCCCUCUGUGCAAGACGCACAUUUGUAAGCGAGACGAUGAUCAUGAAGUCUGCUGUGGCCUACUUUGCGCGGCUGACAAAGCCAAACUAGCACCCAUAUGCGAAAAAUUUGGAAAAGAAGUAGACUUAUGAAAACAUCAUCAUCACCUGUUAUACUUCAUCAAAGAGUGAGUGUUCUACGUCUACCUUUGUUCGCUUCUAUAUCAAUAUAAUUUCUUAUAUUUUAAUGGAACUACUACUGGGUCUGGGGAGAUGAGAGAUCUCAUCUGUCCUCCGUUCCCGCUGAUGGAGCAGGAGUACUAAUGUUCAACAUCAUUUCGCUUCUUAACGGUACUUUUUAAUCGGUGUUCGUUGUAGAAGUAGAUGCGUGCUAGCCAUCCAGGACAAUAUAAUUGUAGCAAGAAGUUGUUGUAAUGGCUUAGCCCGCUCAGUACUGGAACAAGGAGGAUUGUAGAUCUACAUGCACCAUAGUACUCAAAUUCACAAUGACACUAACAAGUCGUGGCACUAGGUCACAAAUAUGCAAUGGCCAUCAUCUUUUGUUUUUGAUUAGUACAAUUUUAUCUUUAUCAUGAACAUCAAGGAUACAUGAUGAUAAUUAGCCUUUAUUUCUCUUUUCUAUCUUCUUUUGGUCUUUCUUUUCAGGUCGGCACCACCACACUUUAUCAUGAACAAGGAUUAAGGUAUUCUAGAACAUCAGACACCGACACCUCUAACCUGUGACGAAGCUCUUUGCGACCAUCGUGAUUGUACCCCAGGUUUGUGUUGCCGCGACCUUUCUUUCCUCGCACUCCAUGGUGCAAAAUUGGGGGUAGGUGGCGUCCUCGUCCUCCUCUACCUCUACCAAAGUGGAUAUUUUAGUGUGGGAGAUGCAUUUGAAGCGGAGAUAGAGGACGAAUAGGUGGCGCACUCACCGACAUGGAGAUAGAGGGCGACGAGUAGAAGGAGUAGAUAGAGGAGGUAGAGGCGAACAAGACUUCUUGGUGAGGUGAAGAUGACGGUCUUGCUGGUGAUGAGGAAGGCUUCUUGAAGAGGAGAUAGAGAACAGAUAUUAAGGAUCAUCUAAUUUGAGGAUCUAUUUUAGGAGUAGAGUAGAGUCUUGAAAAUUUUCAGGUAUCAAAUCAAUAAGGAACAGCUCUGGAGGAGAUCUUCUUACAAAUACUACAGAUAAACCACUUUACCUGUCUGAAAAUAGCAAAUCCAUAUGAUUAGUUCUAAGUACUUGUUUUUGUUUAGAUUUAGGUUGAUUACAGAGCAAAAGAAAUGCUUCGAUGAGGUUGAGUUGCCUUGAAAUUAAAAAAAGUCCAAAAGAACUGACUUUCCUCUUCGGUACUAGGCAACCAAGAUCUACUUGACUGCCGAACGAUGAGCAACAAGAAAUGUCGAAUCAUUGCUACAGAAAAAUUAACUUAAUCAAUGCUAAGUAAUUGCAUGCUCAUCAGAUUCAGGGAUGACGAUGAAAACUAAAAUCUUCUUCUUUGUAUUGCUUCAAACUACUCAUUUUGGACAGUUUUGACAUCUUCUGUUGUACAUUUCCAUUUGGUAACUGUAUGUAACAACAACGUCGCUGAUCAACGGCUUUCAUAAACAGUUUAUGAAACUGAUAUCUGUGCCUGGAUCUUCUCCCAGCUUUUUUACGUACUACUUAUUCUUUUUUGAUCAAAAAAUCUAUCAAGUAAUUUACAAACAAUAUCAGAAGCUAAAACGAAAACGACAUCGUCUUCUAUGAUUUAAGAACUUGGUCUUGAAUUUCUCAAUCUCCUUCUGUGAAGGCAGUCAAAAACCUGACUCCUAAAAUGGAAGUAAGUAAGUCUAAGCACUUACUAUCUAUCCUCGUAGUAC